AUGGGCCAGAAGCUCUCGGGGAGCCUCAAGUCGGUGGAGGUGCGGGAGCCGGCGCUGCGGCCGGCCAAGCGGGAGCUGCAGGGGGCGGAGCCGGGGCGGCCGGCGCGGCUGGACCAGCUGUUGGACAUGCCCGCGGCGGGGCCCUCAGUGCAGCUGCGGCACGCGUGGAACCCCGAGGACCGCUCGCUCAAUGUCUUCGUCAAGGAUGACGACCGGCUCACCUUCCACCGGCACCCGGUGGCCCAGAGCACGGAUGGCAUCCGUGGCAAGGUGGGCCAUGCCCGCGGCCUGCACGCCUGGCAGAUCAACUGGCCGGCGCGGCAGCGUGGCACCCACGCCGUAGUUGGCGUGGCCACGGCUCGGGCUCCUCUGCACUCGGUGGGCUACACGGCACUGGUGGGCAGCGACGCCGAGUCGUGGGGCUGGGACCUGGGCCGCAGCCGCCUCUACCACGAUGGGAAGAACAGGCCCGGAGUGGCCUACCCCGCCUUCCUGGGGCCCGAGGAGGCCUUCGCGCUGCCCGACUCGCUGCUCGUGGUGCUGGACAUGGACGAGGGCACGCUCAGCUUCGUCGUGGAUGGCCAGUACCUGGGCGUGGCCUUCCGCGGCCUCAAGGGCAAGAAGCUGUACCCGGUGGUGAGUGCCGUGUGGGGCCACUGCGAAGUCACCAUGCGCUACAUCAACGGCCUUGACCCCGAGCCCUUGCCGCUGAUGGACCUGUGCCGGAGAUCCAUCCGCUUGGCCCUGGGCCGCCAGCGCCUACAGGACAUCAGCACCCUGCCCCUGCCUCAAUCUCUCAAAAACUAUUUGCAGUACCAGUGAGGCUGAGGAGUAGCAGUGGGUACCUGCACAUAGCAGGGCCUGGCUUUUCAUGGUCACG